UUUCUCUUUCGUAUUUUCUGUUGGUUUAGUUAGUUUUAUUAUUGUACUAUGCAUUCUUGAUACUGAAAUGAAUAACAAAGAUGAUAGACACAAAUAUAUUGGAAAUAAAAAAGAUCCUAAUGGCUUUAUUCGUGGAAUUAUAUUGCAAGUUAAAACCCAGUAGGUGGUUGUAUCUUCAGUUGUUCGAAUUACAUGAUUCUUUAAUGUCAGUAGGUGUGGUUUUAAAUUUUUGUUAGUGCUGAUCUUCCUGGAGCUAUUAAUGUUUGCUCUUUAGCUACGUGUAGCCUUUUCAAACCAUGUCAAAGGAGUGGGUUGGUCCAGACCCCUGUAAAAAUAGUCUAAUUAUGAUGAUUUUUAUGUGUCCCACUCGUAGCUGACCCUAAUUAGUUUGGGAUGAGCAUUGUCGGGUUUGUUGAUUAAUAUUUUUAUAUCAACAAUAUUAUGUUGAUUCCCCCUCCCAGCUUAUGCGUACAGGCUUUUUUACUUUUUGGAUACUAUGAUGGUGAUUAUUUUGGUUAAAUAUAUUGCUUUGCUACAUAGCUACUUUGUUUUAGCUAUGUAUGUGUGCACAUGACAUGGUAGGACAUGGUGGGGAGCCAAAUGUGAAAUUCAUUUGGAGAAGAUCUCCAUUUUAAGUGUUUGUUUUGACGCAGGAAUGUCUCCCAAGGAAAAAGAGCUUCUAUCAUGGCUCAACACUUGCAAAAACUUCUAUUGCAAGGCCACCUAUCUGUCUUCUUGCUCUCCUUCUCAAUGAUGGAGUUGUUCUGCAUUACUUUGACUGAUCUUCCGUCAUUCACCUACUUCACUGCCCAUGUUGCCAUUUUUCAAGAAUGGUUGUGAUGGGAUUUGUCUGUUCUUCAUGCCAUGCCUACCACUAGUAAUAAGCGGAUCAAUGAAUUCUUAUCAUGCCAUGCCUCCUUAUUUCGAAUCGUGCUGUGAAUUGGUGAAGCAUGCUUAGCAAUGACUCAGACUUGACAUCUUGGAUUUAAACAUUUAAUAAGCCUUCAUCAUCAUCAUGAUUUAGUUCAUGCAAGGCCUCUCUACCUCCUUACUUUCAUCAGGCCUUCACAUACUUGCAGGGUUUGCGUUUGUCUACUUUGAGGAUGAGCGCGAUGCCGCAGAUGCCAUCCGUGGUCUUGACGACAUACCAUUUGGGUAUGACAAACGUCGGUUAUCAGUGGAAUGGGCUAAGGGUGAACGUGGUAGACCUCAUGAUGGCUCCAAGGUUGCAGCAAACCAAAGACCUACAAAAACUUUGUUUGUCAUUAACUUUGACCCUAAUCACACUAGGGUGCGUGACAUAGAAAGACACUUUGAACCGUACGGAGAGGUCCUUAAUGUUCGCAUACGGCGGAAUUUUGCAUUUGUGCAGUUUAAAAAUCAGGAAGAUGCCACAAAAGCCUUGGAGAGUACACACAUGAGUAAGAUCCUGGACAGAGUGGUUUCUGUAGAGUAUGCUUUGAGGGAUGAUGGCGAGAGGGGGGACAGGUAUGGCAGCCCUGGAAGAGAUUAUGGCAGGCACGGGGAUAGUCCAUUUCGAAGGUCACCAAGCCCAAUGUAUCAAAGGAGUCGACCUAGCCCUGAUUAUGGCCGUUCUCAUAGUCCUGCCUAUGAUCGAUACAGGAGUCCUGAGUAUGGAAGGUAUCGCAGCAGGUCUCCUGUUCGGAGGUCAAGAACUUGAAGCGGUGUUUUAUUGGGGGGAAGAUCGCCGCUCCUUUCUGGAUAAAUGCUUGCUGUGUAUUAAAUAUUAAUGUAAUGGAUUUAUUGCAUGUGUUGCUUAAACGUUAGAGAGUGUGGCAGUUCAAUUUGGCUGUUGGAAAACUUUUACAUGGUGGAAUCACGGUCUCUGCAUAUUGAGACCACUUGGCACGAAUUCAUGACUGAUGAGAAGGAACAUAUGUAAGGAAACACUUAUUAGCUUGUGAGGUUUCAGCAGACAUUGGAGCGAACUAACGUAUGCUCCAACUGCAUGCUUCAACUGUUGUCUGCUGCGUAUAUCCUGUUCUGCCUUCUUUUUCUCAUUUUUGAUUGUGACCCCAACUUUUAAUGGGUUGUGCAGCAUUGGAUUUACCUUGUAGUAAAAUUUGUAGAGUAGUGGGACGUAAAAAGUAUCUCACCUAGUUUUUGUUGUGUAUGUUCUCUACUUAUUUCUUUUUCUCAUACCUCAGAGGUCCUUGUUUUUCUCCCUUGAAGUUAAUUUGUAUGAUGUGUUGAUGUUA